UACAACCCUCCUCAUCUCUAUCUCUUUCUCUGAGUUAAUAUGUUGAAGCCCAUAACGUUUCCACUGUCACUUCUCUUCGUCUUCUUCUUCUACCCAGCAGCAGCUGCAAGCUAUAACGUGGCCAGUUAUGGGGCCAAAGCCAAUGGCAAAACUGACUCCUCCGGCGCAUUCCUCAAGGCAUGGGCUAUGGCCUGUGGCUCCGUCGGUCCGGCCGAGAUCUAUGUGCCACCGGGAAGAUAUUUACUCAACCAAGCAGUCCGCUUUGGAGGCAAAUGCAACAACAGUCGUACCAUGAUACGUAUCGACGGGACCCUCCUGGCCCCAUCUGACUACCGUGUCCUCGGUAGCUCUGAACGCUGGAUUACCUUCCAGGGCGUCAAUGGAGUUUUCAUCUAUGGAGGGACCCUUGAUGGCCAAGGCUCUUCUCUGUGGUCUUGUAAGGCUGCAGGGAAGAGCUGCCCAGUCGGAGCCAGGUCACUGUCCUUUGUGAACUCAAGAAACAUUGUGAUCAGUGGAUUAUCAUCGAUAAACAGCCAACUGUUCCACAUUACUAUCGGAGGUUGCCACAAUGUCCACGUCCGAGGGGUGACGAUCACGGCGCCCGGCGACAGCCCGAACACCGACGGCAUUCAUGUGGAAUCAUCGAGCCGGGUGGCGAUUGUGAGCUCAAGCAUGAGGACAGGAGACGACUGUAUCUCAAUCGGCCCUGCUACAAGGAACGUAUGGAUAGAGAACAUUGCAUGUGGACCUGGACACGGCAUCAGCAUCGGAAGCCUUGGCUGGUCUCUUAAUGAAGCAGGAGUGCAGAACGUGACAGUUAAAACCGUUACUUUUACGGGUACCCAAAAUGGGCUGAGGAUUAAGACGUGGGGAAGACCCAGCAAAGGAUUCGUGAAAGGGGUCCUUUAUCAAAAUGCCAUCAUGAAGAAUGUCGAAAACCCCAUCAUAAUUGACCAAAAUUACUGCCCUCACAACAAAGAUUGUCCUGGUCAGGCUUCAGGAGUAAAAAUCAGCAAUGUGAGAUACAAACACAUCCAAGGAACAUCAGCUACACAAGUCGCUGUGAAAUUUGACUGUAGCACCAAGAAUCCGUGUACUGGGAUCACAUUAGAAGAUGUGAAGCUCAGUUAUAAUGAAAACCAAAAGGCCCAAUCAUCUUGUGCUAAUGUGGGUGGAACAGCUUCCGGUUUGGUUCAACCAUCAAGUUGUUUAUAG